AUUAAUUUAUCAAAAAAUUUGGUUCGUCUGCUGAGAAAUAUGCAACAUACUAGUAAGAACUGUGAAGCAAGUGGGCGUGGGCUUGUAAGAGGUGGUGGUAGAGCCCGUUCACGUGGCGGUGUGGCAGCCCGUGGCGGUGUGGCAGCCCGUGGCGGUGUGGCAGCCCGUGGCGGUGUGGCAACCCGUGGCGGUGUGGCAGCCCGUGGCGGUGUGGCAGCCCGUGGCGGUGCAAGGACACGUGGUGGCCAAAUUCGUCGUGUCCCGGACAUGCCUUCGGUUUCUGAGCCGUAAUAUUUUUUUUAAACUAAAACUCAAUUUUUAUUUUAUUAUAAUAUAUUGUAAUUAUUUAUAUAUUGGUUUAUCGUUUUUCUUUUAUGUUUUUUUCUUGUAACUUGUUUAUUGAUUUAUUCCUUAAAUAUUUCUUUUAAUAUCAAUGCGUAUUUCAGAAUAUUCUUUAAUACACUAAAAAAUGUACCCACUAGAGAACCGUUAGAGACACCACUCCACCCUAAAAGGGUAAAGGUUCUCCCGCCCGUGGUGGAAACAAAUCCAAGAGCAGAGUCUAUAUGGUCAUCCAUGGGGGUGAUCGACCAAACAAUGCCAUCCACUUCUCGUGGACACGAAAGCAUUUUAUCCAUGCCUGCAAGUCCGGAAGUUGAACAUUCUUCAAAAAAAAGUGAUCGACCACUAAACUGUCCUCUGCGAGAUGAAGAGAUAAUCUCACUGCUUAAUUAUGGCAACGAGGAAGACUCGGAUAGUGAGAGCGAGGGGAUGGCGCGGCCGAUGAUUUCACGAGUCGAAAGAAUGCGCAUGCAGGAACCUCACGACGAACUGGAAACUCCCGCUAACAGUGCCCCGACACCCGACUUACCGACGACUGUUCCCAUGGAGCCGAACAAUAAAUUUAAGUUCGACCGAAGAGCGUUUCCGGAGCCUGAAAUUGAACCUCGUUUGAGGCGGGAAACAUUCUCGCAGAUUAAUAGUGGUCCUAAGAUCUCUUUCACGAGUCCGAAGCAUUCGUUGCCAUAUGGGAUCGGGAUAUUAUUGAUUUAAUUGUCAGGGAGACAAACAUUUAUGCCCAACAGCUGGCAGCGAUCAUGCUGAAGAGCGGAGUAAUCCGGACUACUAAUAGCCGGAUUACUCGGUGGCAAGAGACGACGGUUAAUGAAAUUUAUAUUUAUCUUGUCAUCAUCUUAUCAAUGGGAAUGGUCGUCAAAA